AUGCGCGCGUCAACAUCCUGCCCUACACAGUCUCUGUCCUUCCGCUCCUCUGUCAGCAAUGUGGUGGCAUUCAGACCGCAGCAGCAGGCGUCGCAGCGAGGAUGCAGGCAAUCACUGGUGGAGUGCGCCAUCAGCCGGGCGACAAAGGAGAAGAGGGUUGCAGAGCUUGAGGAGGCGCUGAGGAACAGUACCGUGGCUUUUGGCGUGCGCUACAACAAAGUCAAUGUGAAGAAUCUGGAGGCAUUCAGGCGGUCGCUGCCAGCAGAGGCCAAGAUGUACGUGGCCAAAAACACGCUGCUGAGCCUGGCAGCGGACAGGGUGGAGGGCUGGAGUGAGCUGAAGAAGGGGAUCAAGCUGGAGAACGCCUGGGUGUUUGCCCCCGAGGAGGCCAUUUCCUCCUCGGUCAAGGCCUUCUUGGACUUUGAGAAGAAGCUGCUGGAACCCAUCCCCAAGGCCGAGCGCUCCAAGUUUCAGCUCACCGACGUGACUGGUGGUGCGAUGUCGGGUAGCUUCCUGGACGGGGAGCAGGUGCGCAAGCUGGAGAAGAUGCCCACCAAGAAGGAGCUCAUCACUGCCAUCGCAGUCAUGGUCAAGAAGGUGCCCACGAAGGUGGCGGUAGCUAUCAAGCAGGUGCCGACCAAGCUGGCCUAUGGCAUCAAGGCACUGGCGGAUGGGGAUGACAACAAGGAUCUCAUUGUGGGCGAUGUGUUUCCCAAGGCCUAG